GAACAGGAACAACGAAGAGGACUCACAUAAAAUGUAACAGCAGCAGGAAGACAGACAUUCAGCGCACCAGAUCCCGGCACAGACUGGCAGAAAUCUCUAGAUCUUAGGAAUGCUGAUGAACCACACAAACUACACAGAAGAUGACUUCUUCUCCUGCUCCAGUCCUUCAGUCGUCGGUUACCGGUACUUUGCUGUGCUGUGGGGAUGUGUUGUGACCAUCACUGGUACGGUAGGGAACCUGAUGACCAUUCUGGCUUUCGCCAUGGACCCACGUCUGAGGACUCGCUUCAAUGUGCUCAUCGUCAACUUGGCUAUAGCUGAUCUCCUAUACUGCACCAUAUUGCAGCCCAUAUCAGUUGACUCCUAUCUACACCUCAGAUGGCGUAGUGGUCAGCUCUGGUGCCGUAUCUUCGGCCUGCUCCUUUUCCUCUCUAACUCUGUCUCCAUUAUCAGCCUCUGUCUGGUGGCAGUAAGUCGAUAUCUCCUGGUCACAAAAAGGGCCGUGUUUGACCGUGUCUUCUCUGACCGGGGUCUUAUUUCACUCCUGGUCUCAGCUUGGGUACUGGGCCUGGCCAGCUUUGGCCCACUCUGGCCUGUUUAUGUGUUCGUGCCACAGGUGUGCACAUGCAGCUUCCAUCGCACCAGAGGUCGUCCCUACAGCACCAUCCUUCUCUUUUUUUACUUUUUUGUUGGUUUGGGCUGUGUUGGGGUUUUCUACCUCCUCAUUUACAGACGUGUCCAGAUUGCUGCACAAGCUCUGCUCCGCUACAGGCCAAGCCGCCGGUCCUCCAGAAAGAAACCAUCUUCUUUAGCACAAGGGACUGAUGAUAGUGGUGUCGAGAGUGGCAUGGCAAAGACAUGUAGCUGUGAGAUGAGCAGCCAGGAGGAUAGAGGCAAACAAACGGAUGAGAUAACUUGUGAAAAAUCCUCAGAAUCUCUCCAGACGACUGCCAUUGCCCUAAGUUCAUCAGCAAUCAAGUCUCCCCCUGAUAUCGUCCAGGCAUCACCUUUACCUUCUCCCACCACUGCAUCACCCUCCCCCCACUCAGGAACUUCAGGAGAUGAUGAUGAUGAAUUUAAGCGUGUAACACGCAUGUGCUUCAUUGUUUUUCUGUGUUUUGUGUUCUGUUUUGUCCCCUUCCUGUUGCUCAACAUAGCCGACAAACAUAACCGCGCCCCGCAAGUACUGCACAUGGUUUGUGCAAACCUCACCUGGCUGAACAGCUGUAUCAACCCUGUGCUCUAUGCUGUGAUGAACCGGCAGUUUCGACGGGCCUACCAUGUGUUGCUCAACAGGGCUGUUGCACCAUUUACUUGCCUCUGGACCUGGUGGUCCCAUCCGAGAUCCCAAAGUCCUGGAGCUUAAACUUGCCUAAAGUAAACCCAGUAUAAUAUUAUUCUCUUGAAACAACACAGACAAUAGUACCGCUAUCAACUUGUUGGUUGCUUUUCUUUAUUAUAUUUAUGUUGGAUUUAGAGAUGCACCAAUACUGACAUUGGAUAUCAGUUAGAUGCUGACACAAUAGCUCAGAUAUUAGAUCAGAUAUUGGUGCUAUGGGGCAAUCUGGUAUCGGAUACAAUUAUUUUAAUAAAUAACAAUUCAGCAAAUUUAUAUCUAUGUAUUUAUUUGUUAUAUUUUGUUUUACAAAGUUAGGAAAGUAAUGUUUAAGUGAAGCCUGAUGUUGCCUUCCACAUGCUUCCACACAGUUGAGGCAUACACCUUUUUAAUUAGGCACUGGUGCCGAUACCCGAAGCUCAGGUAUUGGUAUUGAUAGCUGUAUAAAUCAGAUUAAUGCAUCCCUUGUUAAAUUGAAUGACCAACAAUGCCAUGCUCUUUAUUUCACAACCAUGUUUUACUAUAUUCUUGUUUGUUUUUUGACAAUAAUGUACAAUAUUACUUUGUGUUUAUUUUAUGAAUGGAAUACAUUAUAUUUUGUAAUACAUAAUCCCCACUGUUGCAUUCAGAAUGUUGAAUUAGCCAACCAUCACCACUAGGUGUCUAUUACAUCAUAUGAGAAACCACCCAUGUUACAGAAUCAGCACAGGAUAUUCUUUUGUAACACAACAUGCCUGACAUUAGUAAUUCAGGAAGUUAUGACAGUCGAUGAUGGUAAAUUAAAGGGUAUUUAUUCUAAUGAAGUAAAGAAAAGACUACCACUGUGAA